CAUGGCCGCAUCGAUGCCUCGCGCCGUCUUCAUCGCCUCUCUGGUGGCGGCCCUCGCCAUGGCUGCCGCCGGCGGGGCAGCGGCGGCGCGCGGCGGCCGCGUCAUCCACCUGCGCUUCUACAUGCACGACAUCACGGGCGGUCCCGGCCAAACGGCGGUGCAGGUCGUCAAGGGCCCGGGGCCGGCGCACCCGGCGAUGCCGGGCUCCCACUUCGGCGACACGACGGUGAUCGACGACGCCCUGACGGAGGGCGACAGCGCGGCGUCGCGGCCGCUCGGGCGCGCGCAGGGGGCGUACACGCUGGCGUCGCUCGGGGAGCCCGUGCUGUGGGUGUCCAUGACCGUGGUGCUCACGGGCGGGGCCUACAACGGCAGCACCAUCGCCGUGGUCGGCCGGGACGACGUCUCGGCGAGCGUCAGGGAGCUCGCGGUGGUCGGCGGCACCGGCGCGUUCCGGAGGGCCACGGGGCACGUGCUGUGGCGGACGGCCAGGAUGGAGUCCAGGGACCACAUGGUGCUGGAGCUCGACGUCUACGCCACCGUGCCGGGCGCGAGCCCGCCGCCGCCUCCGCGCGCCGCCGGCGCCGUGCGUCAGGAGGGCCUCAACCUCUUCAACCUAUAAAUUGACAUGGUUUUGAUUUUGGCCACGAACGCUAAUACGCUAUGGUCCAUCGUGUAAAACUGUUCCAAGUUCGGCAUUUCUCGGUAAAAAGCAGUAAUUGGUUAUUACUGGUGGUGGUGUUGUUGGAUCGGGAGUUCAAAACCAAUGUAAGUUAAUUUGUGUUGAAAUCAAUAAAAUUUGAGUGAUUCGAUUGAA